CUUUCUUUCUUUCACGUGGUUUUGGGUUUUUCUUCAAAAUUUAAAUCUCCUUCCUUUGUUUCUCCCCCUAUUUGAUUUGAUCGUCUUCUUUGCUCCUGUUCAUCUUUCUCUCUUUGAUUUCGUUUUUUAAAUUUGGAUUUGUUUGUUUAUCGAGUUGAUUCUUAGCCCUUUCCUAAGCUUUGUGUUCAGGGUUUGCUGAUUCUUGAUUUUGCCCUUUUUCUUUAGUUUUUGAUACUAAUAGCUGUAAGAAGAUUUGGGUUGUGCUGCACAUUGACAACAUCAGAAUUUUCAGCUUAAUUGGACAAUGAAGCCUAACCCUAUCUUUGAAAUACAUGACAUGGCUGCACCACCAUGAGUAUUGGAUCAAUCAGUGUUUCCACUAGGAAUGCUGUCCCUCUGAACUUCCGUGUUUGCACACAGAUGGGCAGCAACAUAUGUACAGUGUUGUCCCGAGGAACAUCAACUUCAUGCUGUUCCUAUGGAAUUUCAAGACCAAAGUAUGCUGAUCAAUCCGUCACCACAAUAUCGUCUUGUUCGCCAAAGAGUAGCCAAAGAUUCCAGGGACGCUGUCUCAUUUCUUGCUUCUCCAGACGGUCAAUUGACUUCCGAGCUUUGACGGUUAAAGAUUUGAUCUCCGAUGGAGGGUCAUGUGGAAGAGAACUUGAAAUUUCACUGGCACUUAAAGGUAUGAAUAUGAAGCUCUCAAUCCCCAAUGAUGUGAUGUCUAGCAAAAUCAAGUGUAACAGGCGAUGGCCAGAAAGAUGGGCAUCUGCUGGCUUAGUUUUUGGGUGGGUGGUUUGUUAUUCAACUUCUGAACCAGUCCAUGCUGAAGCAGCUUAUGAGGAAGACGAUGCUGAAGAAAACUCUGGUUCAUCUCAUGUCAAAUUCUCUCAUGGAAAGAAGGUUUACACCAACUAUUCGGUUAUCGGAAUUCCUGGAGAUGGAAGAUGUUUGUUCCGCUCAGUUGCUCAUGGUGCUUGUUUGCGAUCCGGGAAACCAGCUCCAAGUGAGAGCCUUCAGAGAGUUUUGGCCGAUGAAUUGCGGUCCAAGGUUGCAGAUGAGUUCAUCAAGAGACGCGAGGAAACAGAGUGGUUCGUUGAAGGCAAUUUUGAUACAUACGUGUCAAAUAUGCGAAAACCACAUGUGUGGGGAGGCGAACCGGAGUUAUUCAUGGCUUCACAUGUUCUUCAUGCACCUAUCAUAGUGUACAUGUACGAUAAAGAUUCUGGUGGGUUGAUUUCCAUUGCUGAAUAUGGCGAUGAAUAUGGCAAAGAAAAUCCAAUCAGAGUUCUGUACCAUGGUUUUGGCCAUUACGAUGCUUUGCAAAUUCCUGCAAAACAAGGGGUAGGUAGAUCAAAACUUUAGUGUUCUGAAUGAAUUAUUGUGAUUGAAUUACAUUCUCUUUUAUUCUAUGAAAUAAAUCUCUCAGUUCCAUUGAGAAUUCGCUCUA